CCCCCCCAUCCCCACGGCGCGCGGGCGGCCGUUGGCCGUGAGGCGGCGGCGGUUGUCCGUGAGGCGCCCGGCCGGCCGGCCGUUACCCGUGAGGCGAUGCUGAGCCUGCUGGAGGUCGGCGGCUCGCUGCUGGAGCGGGUGGCCGUCGGCAACCCCUUGUCCCUGGCGCUGGCCGCCUCCGCCUUCGCCCUCAGCCUGGGCUACCUGCUGCAGCUGGGCUACCGGCGGCACGUCGGCUCCGAGCAGCGGAAAUACCCACCAUAUAUUUCGUCAAGCAUCCCUUUCCUUGGGCAUGCGAUAGCAUUUGGAAAAAGUCCCAUUGAGUUUCUGGAAAACGCUUAUGACAAGUAUGGACCUGUGUUCAGUUUCACGAUGGUUGGCAAGACAUUUACAUAUUUACUGGGUAGCGAUGCAGCUGCACUGCUCUUCAAUAGCAAAAAUGAAGACCUGAAUGCAGAGGAUGUAUACUCUCGGUUGACAACACCUGUUUUUGGAAAGGGAGUUGCUUAUGACGUCCCUAAUGCGGUAUUUCUGGAACAGAAGAAGAUGCUCAAAACUGGGCUAAAUAUUGCCCAGUUUAAGCAGCAUGUAUCUGUGAUCGAAGAAGAAACAAGGGAGUAUUUCAAAGCAUGGGGAGAGAGUGGAGAAAAAAAUCUGUUUGAAGCCCUUUCAGAACUUAUCAUUUUGACAGCAAGUCAUUGCUUACAUGGCAAGGAAAUCAGAAGCUUGCUGAACGAGAAGGUGGCGCAGCUGUACGCCGAUUUGGAUGGAGGCUUCACGCAUGCUGCCUGGCUGCUGCCCGGCUGGCUGCCUCUGCCGAGCUUCAGACGUCGAGAUCGAGCGCACAAAGAAAUAAAGAAUAUUUUCUAUAAGGUUAUCCAGAAACGUCGCAAUUCUGAGGAAAAGGAGGAUGACAUGCUCCAAACUCUACUGGAUGCUUCAUACAAGGAUGGCCGCCCGCUGACAGAUGAUGAGAUAGCUGGGAUGCUCAUUGGGUUGCUCCUGGCAGGGCAGCACACAUCCUCCACCACCAGUGCCUGGCUUGGCUUCUUCAUAGCCAGAGACAAAUCGAUACAGGAGCAGUGCUAUGCAGAACAGAAAGCGGUUUGUGGAGAUGACUUGCCACCAUUAACUUAUGACCAGCUCAAAGAUCUCUCUUUGCUGGAUCGCUGUCUGAAAGAAACUCUAAGGCUCAGACCUCCUAUAAUGACCAUGAUGAGGAUGGCCAAAACUCCCCAGACUGUUGCUGGCUACAGUAUUCCCCCCGGCCACCAGGUCUGUGUAUCUCCCACUGUCAACCACCGUCUGAGGGACUCGUGGAAAGACGCGCUGGACUUCAAGCCUGACCGCUACCUUCAGGAUAACCCAGCAGCAGGGGAGAAGUUUGCAUACGUUCCCUUUGGCGCUGGCCGUCAUCGCUGUAUCGGAGAAAACUUUGCUUAUGUCCAGAUUAAGACGAUUUGGUCUACGUUGCUUCGUUUGUAUGAAUUUGACCUCAUCAAUGACUAUUUCCCAACUAUCAAUUACACAACAAUGAUACAUACACCCAAUAACCCCAUUAUCAGGUAUAAGAGGAGGUCAUUGUAAAGCCUGGAGCUGAACCGUAAGUUGUGUAAACUAACAGACUUGUGAAUAAAAUUGUAACAAAUUGAAGGCAAAUGGAAACUGUUCCCUCUACUGUAGGAGAGAAACAGUAAUCUGCCACCUGCAGUGCCUCUACAACGGUUUCAUUUGUUUCCCCAAGUUAAUGCUGCUGUGUAUAACUGCUCUACCACCUUCUUGCUGCAUUUUUUGAAAGAGAAACUGUCUUCUGUGUGUGCAUGCAACCCCUUUAAGGUGAAGAAAUGAGUUACUUCUACCAACCGAAUUCUUUGCUUUUGAAAAAUAAUGGAAAAUUUUUACCCAGAUACUGAGGAGUAAAACUAUGUACCGUGCCCUGCGUCCAAUUACUGUGACUAGCGGGUACAAGGUACCAAGGGGGCAGGCACUUGCUUCGUGCCCUACUGCAAACAGAAUCACGUCUAAGCCUGCCUGGGGACUUGGCUGAUUGGUGAAAGUGCCCACGUAAUUAUUAAAAAAAAAAAAGUGAUUAGACAGCUGAGUGGUAGGCAGACUACAGACACGUUGGUAGAAAAGUCUUCUGUAAAUCAACACGUUAAGUUAAAUGUCUAACUUGAACUGGGUGUAAAAGGUUUGGAAAGCAACAACUAAUUUGCUUAAAAAAAAUAAUUGAGAUAAUCAUCUCUGAAAGCAUGAUGUAAAUAUGAAAGUAACAAUAGGCUGGCCACCUUCCCUUUGUAAAUAACAUGAUCAUGUGUAAAAGGGCCAUUAAUUAAGUUAAAUGUCUGACUGUUUCCCUUUGUACUGCAUUAUGCAGGAUUCUUACAGGGUGUUUGGUUCAUGAGUGGUGAUAAAUGGUCAUACGCUCCGGCUCAGGAGUUUUGAAUUAAAUUUAUAAA